CAAGCUCUUACACAUUAGUGGGCAGGAAGUGGAGUCCCGAUGGGAGGCUGGGAAUUUGAGCGCCUUCCCAUUUCAGCACUGGAGGGAGGAAGCCUCAGGCAGCCCUCCGGCAGAUGGCUACUGCUUCCUUCCCAGCUCUGUGCAGCUCCUCCGUCCCUCCAGCCUCCAGCCUGCCUCCGCGCUGCUCUCCCCGCCCCUCGCCGUGGAGGGAAACUUCUGUGGAGCUGGGAACUGUCUUAGAGAACUCAACAAAGGCAGAGCAGCCGGCAAUGACUUGAAAAGAACUUGUUUUGUUCUCGUUCGGGAACCUGCAGGAAAAUCCACACCCACGUUGCCAGGUUUUGAACUGGAGAGUGUGUGUGUGUGUGUGUGUGUGUGUGUGUGUGUGUGUGUGAAGCAAGAGGCGGAGGAGGCGAAAACAACUGUACAGUCUCUGCUUUGAUAAGGAAACUGCCAGCUGCAGAAGUUCAGCGGCAAAGGGAGGACUGCAGCCGCAUGAACCAAGCGCUCCUGAACUUAAACUGCAUUGCUUUCUGUCCAGAUAUUCCAGUGGAGGCAGUUGGAAAACCUGUAUUUCAGAGAAAAGAAGUUUUCCGUGGAAGUUCAUGACCCACGCAGAGCUUCUGUGACGAGGAGGACGUUUGGGCACAGUGGCAUUGCAGUGCACACGUGGUACGCGUGCCCAGCAUUAAUCAAGUCCAUUUGGGCUAUGGCUAUUAGCCAGCACCAGUUCUACCUGGACAGGAAGCAGAGUAAGUCUAAAAUCCAUGCCGCACGAAGUCUGAGUGAGAUCGCUAUAGACCUGACCGAGACGGGCACACUGAAGACCUCCAAGCUGGCCAACAUGGGGAGCAAAGGGAAGAUCAUCAGCGGCAGCAGCGGGAGCCUCCUGUCAUCAGGUUCUCAGGAAUCGGAUAGCUCUCAGUCCGCCAAGAAAGACAUGCUGGCUGCCUUGAAGUCCCGGCAGGAAGCGCUGGAGGAAACGCUGCGCCAGCGGCUGGAGGAGCUCAAGAAACUCUGCCUCCGAGAAGCCGAGCUGACAGGUAAACUGCCUGUUGAAUAUCCCCUGGACCCAGGGGAGGAACCACCCAUUGUUCGAAGAAGAAUCGGGACGGCCUUCAAGCUGGAUGAACAGAAAAUCCUGCCCAAGGGAGAGGAAGCCGAGCUGGAACGCCUGGAACGAGAGUUUGCCAUUCAAUCCCAGAUUACGGAGGCUGCCCGCCGCCUCGCCAGCGACCCCAAUGUCAGCAAAAAACUGAAGAAACAAAGGAAAACCUCCUAUCUGAAUGCCCUGAAAAAGCUGCAGGAGAUUGAGAAUGCCAUCAACGAGAACCGCAUCAAGUCUGGGAAGAAACCCACCCAGAGGGCCUCGCUCAUCAUUGAUGAUGGAAAUAUUGGCAGUGAAGACAGUUCCCUCUCCGAUGCCCUUGUUCUGGAGGAUGAAGACUCUCAGGUCUCCAGCACACUGUCCCCCUUACAGUCCCCUCACAAGGGACUUCCUCCUCGGCCACCAUCAUCACAUAACAGGCCCCCUCCUCCCCAGUCCCUGGAGGGACUCAGGCAGAUGCACUAUCACCGCAACGACUAUGACAAGUCACCCUUAAAGCCCAAAAUGUGGAGUGAGUCCUCGCUAGAUGAGCCGUAUGAGAAGGUCAAGAAACGUUCCUCCCACAGUCAUUCCAGCAGCCACAAGCGUUUCCCCAGCACAGGGAGCUGUGCUGAAGCAGGAGGGGGAAGCAGCUCCCUCCAGAACAGCCCCAUCCGCAGCCUCCCGCACUGGAACUCACAGUCCAGCAUGCCGUCCACACCAGACCUGCGUGUACGGAGUCCCCACUACGUUCAUUCCACGAGGUCCGUGGACCUCAGCCCCACGCGCCUGCACAGCCUCGCCCUGCACUUUCGGCACCGCAGCUCCAGCCUGGAGUCCCAGGGCAAGCUCCUGGGCUCUGAGAAUGACACAGGGAGCCCCGACUUCUACACCCCGAGGACUCGUAGCAGCAAUGGCUCAGACCCCAUGGACGACUGCUCAUCCUGCACCAGCCACUCAAGCUCGGAGCACUAUUACCCAGCGCAGAUGAAUGCCAACUACUCCACCCUGGCGGAGGACUCGCCCUCCAAGGCGCGUGCCAGGCAGCGGCAGAGACAGCGGGCGGCGGGCUCGCUGGGCACAGCGAACUCGGGCAGCAUGCCCAACCUGGCCGCGAGGGGGGGCGGCGGGAACGCACCUGGUGUCUACCUGCACAGCCAGAGCCAACCCAGCUCGCAGUACCGCAUCAAGGAGUACCCGCUGUACAUUGAGGGGGGCGCCACACCCGUGGUUGUGCGCAGCCUGGAGAGCGACCAGGAGGGCCACUACAGUGUCAAGGCGCAGUUCAAGACCUCCAAUUCCUACACAGCGGGCGGCCUGUUCCGGGAGAGCUGGAGGGCCAGUGAGGAGGGCGACGCCGGCCGCCUGACGCCAUCACGCUCGCAGAUCCUGGGAACUCCCUCGCUGGGCCGCGAGUGCGCCCAUGACAAGGGCACGGGGCGCACUGCAGUGUCCGAUGAGUUGCGCCAGUGGUACCAGCGCUCCACCGCCUCGCACAAGGAGCACAGCCGCCUGUCGCACACCAGCUCCACCUCCUCUGACAGUGGCUCCCAGUAUAGCACCUCCUCCCAGAGCACCUUCCUGGCCCACAGCAGAGUCACCAGGAUGCCCCAGAUGUGCAAGGCCACGUCAGCUGCCUUACCUCAAAGCCAGAGAAGCUCGACGCCAUCGAGUGAAAUUGGAGCAACGCCCCCAAGCAGUCCCCACCACAUCCUAACCUGGCAGACUGGGAGCUACAGUGACAGCUGUUUCCUGGAUUCCCCCCUGUAUCCAGAACUAGCUGACGUCCAGUGGUACGGCCAGGAGAAAGCCAAGCCGGGGACCCUCGUGUGAACCAGCCGGCCUCAAUCUGACCGCCUCAACGCCAUUCUGAGAUCACCUCACUGCCUCUCAUUUGCCUUACCCAGACACACCGUCACCCUGCACCAGCUUUGGCCCUCAGCACUUUUUCCUCCUGUCUCCGCAUCCCCUCACAACUCAAAAACCUGACUGAGGAGACAUUAUGGAAGGUUCCGGUCCCACUGUGUGUCCCCUGGCUCUCUUGCCUACAGAGAGCCAGGCACCUGUCCUUAAUGGUACCUUGAUGGCUUCCCCCUGCCAUGACAGCCCCCAGGCCAGGAACCAUCAGGGAAGCUGGCUGGCCUCGAAUUCCUGUGGACAAGUGUUACAGAGGACAGGGAAGGAGAUACUGCCGGUGGCCCAGAAAGUCUGCUAAGCUGUGCCCAGCCUGCCGCCAGGAGGCACCAGCCAGGCACUUCAGGAACAGGCCGCCUGGUGGGAAGGUUCUUAACACCUGAAAUAUUCCUUGGGCAGUGGCUCUUGGGGGAGCGGGGAGGAAUGAAACAGGACGCUCAACACAUCAGAGAUGUAUCAGAGGAUCACAAUCAGUUCUAUGCUGCCAAAGAUUUAAAAAAUUAAAACACAAAAAUGAGAGGGGCCAAGAGGAAGACAUUCUUUGUGUAACAAAAUCUCUUUCAAAUUCUAAACUGCUACAACACCCAAGUCCAAGUCAACCAUUUGUAAACUGUUUCCCCUCUUUAUGCCUCUCCCUAACGUCCACCUUCUCUCUCUGGAGAGCCUGGAAAUCUCAGUGAUGUGAUGCGAAAGUCGGAUCUCCGUGAGUCUGGACGCUGAGGACAGACCUGUGGGGAGCAGCGGAGUGUGCUAUCAGCCCUGGUCGGUGCCCAAGCCCAGGACACAGCUGCUUUCCUUUUGGGAUUUGUAGGAAACAUAAGGUGAUGAUGCCAAAAGAGGUUCUCUCUCAUUAAAACAACCAGUAAAAUGAUCCUGGUUUUUUUUUGUUUUGUUUUGUUUUGCACAAGGUGUUUCAUUAUAUUUUUUACGGGAAACCAAGGGAAAAGCACAUUGCAAUUCAUUCAAGUGUUUAACUGUUGUGGCUCAUUUUAUGUUUGUUAGCACUUGUGUGGCAAAGAGCUCAGCUCCAACUUCAGUUACCAAUGUGUCUCUUAUUCAAAAACCCAACUAUGUCCUUAGGUAGAAAGAUUUUACUCAUGUGUCUACUAAGGCAGAGCAGGGUUGAAAAAAAUAUCAGCUCCCAAGGGGCCCACAUGCCUACAACAGCGUCAGCCACCUGAUGUAGCACAUUUGCCUGCAGGCACCAAAAGAAGGAAGAAGAGCAAAAAACGUUGUGGUGUGGGAGCUGCACGUUUACAUGUGCUUUGAGCUAUGCUUAAAACACAACUGGAAAGCCAUCAAUCUUCAAAGGCCUCAAAACUACUUUUAUAAUAAUAACAAGUGCACACUCUUAGUUGGGUAUUCAAAAUGGCACAAACACGGUCUCCACAGAGGUGGUAUGCUGUGCUUAUUGGCACAAGUGGGGGGGGGCGGGGGGAUAUUUUUUCCUCACUUGUAAUGACUUACCGGAAAGGCAUUGGGGCAGCCAGAGACAGGAGCCAGGGUGGGAGUAGUUUUGUGGGAGAACAGGACUGAAGUUGGCUUUAGCAAAAAAGAAAAAUCUUUGUUCUUUAUGUAUAUGUAAUCCAAGAAUAACAAUAGACUCCACCAGACCAGGAGGGUAUGGAUGGACAUGAAACAAAAUAACCUGGUGCACCCUCUGCUGCAGUGGGCAAAGCAUGUGGAUUCACAGCCGCUGGGCCAUCCGGAUGAUUCAGGGCCUGGUCUGCGAGGCCCUGUGCACAGCUAGGUUGGUGAUAGCAGCUACCGGAAGGGAUUACUAUUCACAGAACACUUUAGGGGUAAACCCUGUAGGAUACAUAAAACUGGUUAUAAUGUUGAAAUGAUUCUGGGGAUUGAUGGGGGGGUAUAUUUUCGUUGCCCUUAUUCUGAUGGUCAAAGCUACAAAGAGCAGAUUUUUUCCCUCCCCACUUGGAAACAUUAUACAUCAGGCCAUUUUUCUUUCUCCCAAAACUGAUUCGUGAAUAAUCAAACUGGACUAUGUACAACAGGAGCAGUCAGUCAAAAGGGAAAUAGAAAAGGUGACAAGGUUCUAUAACAUGUACAGUAAUGGAGCAUCAAGUCUGAAGUCAAUCGGGUCAAGCUUUUAGCCCAGUUGGGUUACAGGGAAUGAGAGAUGAAAAUUCUUUCUAAACACCUGGGUUCUGCAUUCUGGGGGCAGAAAGAAAUGGAGCAGGAGAGGGAUUGUAAUUCAGACCAACAUCACAAUAGUCUGGUAGUAAAGACAGAGAUUAAGUAAAACAGGUUUUACUGUUUAGCUGCGUUCAGUUACUACGAAGUGUACAUAAAGUAUUAGUCCUUUGAGACUGACAUGAUUAAUGAAUGAUCAAUGUGGUGGGAAACAAUGGAGUUACUGUACACAAGCACUUGCAAGCUCUUUAUAGAUCCCUAUUUCUUUAAAACAAAAGAUGGACCAUAAAGCCUGGUCUGAUAUAAAGCCCCAUUGGAUACUGUGGACAUGUAUAAGAAACUACCUGUUUAGCCAGAAGACUGGUGAAAACACCUAUAUCAGACUGUUGCUAGCCAGGUGAAUUUUUUAUUUUAUUAUAUGGAGGUGACUGUUGGAGAAGUUAAAAUUCCAAUCUGUUUUCAUUCAGUAUUAGUUUAGUUCUAAACAUAGCAAACCCGAUCCAGGUGCUAUCAGAUGACCAGUUACUGCUUAGUUAACUAGGUGUAAAGUUUUUCAUACACAAUGUCAAUAGUUUAUUACAAGUUGUGUAAAAUGGACUCUAGUUUAAUAAUGGGGGAGAAAAGGAUUAGGUUGCUCCUGAAACUGACUGUAGAGCAUGUAAAACGAUUUUACUGGAUUCUGUUCAACUGUAAUCAAUGAAAAAGAUGUAUGUUGUAGACAAAGUUGCAGAAUUAAAAAGAAAUCUGCUUUUAAUUUAUUCUUUUUGUAUUAAGAAUUUGUAUAGUACCUUUACAUUUUGCAAAACAGUGUGGUUGACACUUAUUAAAGCAUUUUCAAAAUGAA